AUGGAGAGGACCACCGCAGACCCAAGGUCGGUGCGCCGCCACCUCUCCUCUCCCGGCGUCGCCCUCCCCGAGGAUCUGAUCGUGGGGGAGAUCCUCGUCCGGCUUCCGGCCAAGUCGCUCUUCCGGUUCCGUGCGGCCUGCCGCUCCUGGUGCAACCGCACCUCCACGCACCAGUUCAUCUCCUCCUUCGGCCGCAAGCUUCCUCUCGUCGGUCUGUAUUCGAACCCCCUGAAAAGCUUACACGACAAAUCUGGCCUCGAGUGUGUGGAUGUUCUUGCCGCCGCCAACAACCUCAGAUCUGUCCUCACUUUUGAUUGCUACUCGAACUGGCUCUGCGCUUCCUUGGAUGGCCUCUUGUUGGUGUCAUACGGCAAUGGUCGCCACAUUAUCUGCAACCCUGCCACCCGGCAAUCGAUCCCGCUCCCUCAGCUCACCGGAGGAGUCGUUGCAGGCUUGUACUCGUCGCCCACCGCCGACAGGGGCGUGGAGUACCGUACUCUGUUUUCCAAGGGAAGACUCCCCAUAUGCAAUCCCAAGUACUACAUCCUCACCGUCGGCUCACCAAUGGAGCCCAGACCCGUGCAGCUGCCUGAGGAACCCGACAAUCUGAAGAUAGCGUUGCUCCACGGCAUCAACGAUCCCACUCCAAGCCUGUGCCAUCGGCCAACAGUUAUGCUCAACAGCUGUCUUCACUGGGUGCCAGAGUCAUGCCGUCAUGACAAAGUGGUUGUUUUCGAUACGGUGGCCGAGUCAUUCAGAUCCAUUCAAUCUCCGACUGCCGCCCAAGAAAAUACUCGCUUGUUUGAGAUGGGCAGUCAGCUUGGCUUCAGCUUGUACAAUGGCAGAAGUGAUACAGUGAGCAUUUGGUCCCUGCAUGAUUACAACAAUGAGAUCUGGGCGCUAAGGCAUUCCAUUAACUUGUCAAUGGUGGUCACAUCCUCGAUGAGAAGUUACAUGAUUCUCUCUGACAAAGGCGAUGUGCUAAUUUCCUGCAGAGGUUCUAGCCAGCUUAUUCACUGUGAUACUGAAGCAAAUGUACUGAACCAGUUAACAUGUGAACCAAGAGAUCCAAGCGUCACUGGACAUUGGUUCAAGGAGAACAUUUCGAGGCAUGAUUUCUUCCAGAGGAAAAAAGGGCAGCGCCUGAGACAGCAGACACGCUUUCUCAAAGGCCUCUAA